AUGGCAGGCAUCAAAGUUUUCGGACACGCAGCUUCCACAUCCACCAGGAAAGUCCUCCUCGCCCUCUACGAGAAAAACCUAGACUUUGAGCUUGUUCAUGUCGACAUCUUAGACGGUGAGCACAAGAAGGAGCCUUUCCUCUCACGCAACCCUUUUGGUAAAGUUCCAGCCUUUGAAGACGGAGACCUCAAGAUGUUUGAAUCAAGAGCGAUUACUCAGUACAUAGCACACCGAUACGCAGAAGAAGGAACCAACCUUCUCCCAGCUGACCCCAAGAACACUGUAGACUAUGCAAUCAUGGCCAAUGGAAUGGAAGUAGAAGCUCACCAGUUCGACCCACCGGCUUCAAAGCUUGCUUGGGAACAAGUGUUCAAGCUCAUGUAUGGCUUGACCACAGACGAAGCCGUUGUUGCGGAAGAAGAGGCUAAGUUAGCCAAGGUUCUUGACAUCUACGAGGGUAGGCUCGGCGCCUUCAAGUACUGUGCCGGUGACACUUUUACGUUGACAGAUCUUCACCACAUUCCAGUGAUUCAAUACUUGCUCCAAACUCCCUCCAAGAAGCUCUUCUCCGAGCGUCCACAUCUCAACGCGUGGGUGGCUGAUAUCACCAGCAGGCCAGCUUCCCUCAAGGUCCUUCAGUGA